UUCCUUCUAGGGAAGCGAAUGACGUUGAAUGACACAUUUUUAUGAGUUCAUUCGACUCAAGCAGGACAACUGAGAUGGAGGAAAACUAUUAAAUGAAUGACAUCUAAUCAACGACAGCGACUGGUUAGUGCUCUGCUGCAGACAAUAAAGAGGACGCUAAAACCCGCAUGCAGUUUCCGCUGGCAUUGUAGCAAACCAGAAGGAUGAACUCCUCGCUCCCGCGACACUUGAGUCACCUUUUCGUAUUCUGGAAGUGGAAGAGAAGAGCGGAUGUUUGUGUCUUCCCAGGUGCUGCAUUUUACUGCAGGAAGGUCUGCUCCACUACAGUAGAAGCAGAUGCGACUGAAAUCCACAAGAGGAAGCUGUUCCUAUGGUUCAGCCAUCUUCCCCAGGAAGAGAAGCAGUUUGGAGGCUACUUUAGCCCAGAGACAAUGCACGUGGACCCGCUGAUUCUGGAGAGGAAGCCAGAGGAAAGAGCGGGACUCCUCAGCUCCCCCCUGAAAAUCCAGGAAUCUUCCAGCUCUUCUCUGACAGUCGAGCAGCUUUUUGAAAUGAAUGGAGACCAGUGUGAGGACCGAGGAUUAAACGUGCUGCUGUACGGCGCAAUCGGAACAGGUAAAAGCACAAUUGUGCGGAAGCUGGUGCUGGAUUGGUGUGCCGGGACCACGCUGACUGACUUCAAACUGCUGAUUCCCUUUUCUUGUGAGGAUCUUGGCGAGCUGACGAAGGUUGCAUCCUUGAGAGACCUUGUCAGUAGGAAGUACCUCCACUUGAAAAAAACCCCUCUAUUGAGUGGGGAAGGCAACCAGGCCAAAGAUGUUCUCUUCUUAUUCAAUGGGAUGGAAAAGAUGAAACUUGACUUCAGGAUUGGAUCCACAGAGCUUUGCAGUGACCCAAAUGAGUCGCUGCCCGCUGGUGCAGUGGUGGUCAACCUUCUCCGCAAGUAUCUUCUCCCUGAGGCCAGCAUUUUGGUGACCACCAGACUGUCCGCCUUGGAUCGCAUCCCGUCGAAAUACGUGAGUCGCUACGCACAGAUUUGUGGCUUCAAUGACCCAAACCGUCAGCGUGCCUACUUCACCAGCCGCCUCCUGCAGCAGAGCGGGGAACUUGCACAGGCACAUGACGCUCAAGCUCUCGUACAGCUGCUCUACCUCAAUCUCCAGAGGGAGAGCCAGCUGGCCGCAGCCUGCUUUCUGCCUUCUUACUGCUGGCUCACAUGCGCCACCUUGCACUUCCUGCAUUUCACCGACGCCAUGGCACCCAUCCGGACGCUGACCGGCAUAUACACCAGUUUCCUCAGGCUCAACUUUGGAGGGGAGGUACUGGGCAAAGCUGCUGCGGCAAGCGGACUCGGUCAGGAUCUCCAAAGUUCUCUGAUGUUGUACGUCGUCCGCACCGUCGGCAAGCUGGCCUACGAAGGCGUGACAUACAAACGCACCUCAUUCUCAGCGGAGGAGCUGGAGCAGUGGAUCGGAGGAACGACCAAGACGGAUGAGGAGCUACGCCAGCUGGCUGUUUUCAGAACUGAUGUGCUCGACUUUUUUCUGGCUCCCUGUGUUGAAAGUUGCAAGCAUUUACCCACGGAACUCUGUGAGCAUGAUGAGAGGCGAUAUGUAUUUGCCGUUCCGGCCAUGCAGGAGUACCUGGCGGCACUCUAUGUGGUCCUAGGCGAGAAUAAAUCAGCUCUGGAGAAGCUGACCAAGCAAGUGUCUGUGGCCAUCGGCCAAGCGAGCGAAGACGUGAGUGCCAUUGUCAAUAUCUUUUCCAAGUUCAUCCCACUCCGAAUCUUUGCCGUCUUCAACUUGCUCAAGCUUUUUCCGAAGCUUUAUGAGAAAAUCAGCACUCGAAACAAGGGCAACAUUGCGCGGACGAUGGCCGCCGAGCUCUUCCGCAAGGAAGACAGCUACAAUGAGGACGUUCUGGAUCAAGUCGAGCAAAGCCUCUUGGGAGUGCAUGGUCCACCAUUAAAACAACAGAGUGAGGGUCCGCCUUUUGAACUCUAUCCCAUCUUCAUGGGUGGACUCUUGCAUUACGGCAACCGAGUGCUCCUUCAGCAACUCGGAUGCAGCAUCCAGAGUGCCACUGUGGCCCAGAUCACCCGAGCUCUUCGCAAAUACCUUGUUAGAGAAAUCAACAAGCCGCAGCCACCAGAGGAGUUGAUGGAUCUGUUGGUCCUUCUGUACGAGUUUCAAAAUCCCAGACUUACUGCAGAGGUCCUGGCUUCAAUCAGAACCAUCCGCCUUCACAACAUACGCAUGACCUCACUUAAAUGCUUUGUGUUGAGUUCUGUGCUCUCUUGCGCCCCUCCAAGUUAUCAACUGGAAGAGUUGGACCUCUCCUCCUGUCUCCUAACUCAGGACAUGCUUCGCAUGUUGUCGCCUGCCUUCCGACACACUCGGAACCUCAAUCUGCAGUUUAAUAGCCUUGGCCCUGACUCCUGCAUCUUCCUGAGAGAUCUGCUUCUGGAUUCCAAAAGUUGUGUUAGAGUGCUACAACUUUGUGACAACCCACUGCUAGACUCUGGAGCCUGCCUUCUUCUGGAAGCCCUUCCGGAGAACCAGUCCUUGAGGCAUCUGUCCCUCAUGCACACGGGCCUAGGGGACAAAGGAGCCCUCGAGCUGGCUGAGAAACUUCAGCAGCACACUGGACUCCAGGAGCUCAACGUUGCCUAUAACAAUAUCGGAGACAAUGCAGCUCUGGCCCUAGUGGAUGUGUGCAGGGAACAUCCCAGCAUUCACACUGUGCAUUUGUACCUAAACCCUCUGAGUGAUGUUGGCAAGCAGUCCUUGUAUGUCCGCGGCAUUCCCAAGCGCCACAACGGCAGUGGGCAGCGAGUCAGGGUGCUGGCCGCGGUCACUGAAGGUUCUGACCUCUCAGAGGACUGGCACCCCAUUCUCAGUGUGAUUCGUGAGAACAUAUCGUCCUGGGACAGGGAGCGAGUUAAACAGCAGCUUAAGGUGUUCCUCAGGGAUCUGGAAUGGGGACGUCAACAGCAGCAGAGCCUCUGGAAAAAGCUUCAUUUCCGAAGGGUGGAGAAAGGCAUCCGUCAAACGCUACGCAUGUUUGAGAAAGACACGCCGCCACCAUCUGCAUGAGCCAAUAAGUAACUGGAAUACAGCCAGUCAGUCAUUUUUUUAAGUCAUCACUAUAGGUGGAGUCCUCCAGAUGGGCGUGAGAGUGUGUCAUCACUAUUUAGUAAUCACACACACACACACACACACACACACGCACACACACCUGGAAGACUACAAAAACUUACUGAGCAAAAUGUGUGUGGGGGAAAAAACAACAACAGACAUUUACUCUAUCACUGUUCAAAAGAUGGAAGAGCAAAGGAAAAUAUUCCUGAAAAUCCUUCUCAUUGGUUGGUUGAAUCAUUGACUUAAGGUCCAUGAUGGCAAAUGAUUUUGUCUUUUCGUUAAGAGUUCCUUAACAUGCAUGAACGCAUUUAAAAAGGCUUCCUUUCCAGAAGUGGAUUUGAUCAAUGAUUUGCCGUUCCAACCUUUACCACAGAUCAAAAAAAAAAAUAAUUACGCUGAAUGUGUUGGUCAUGUGACAGCUGCAGGAAGCCGGCUAUGACAUUGAGGAAGUGAAACAUACGGUAACGCAGAAACAAACAAACAAAUAA